CCUACUUUCUGCACCGCAAAAGAGAACAGAAGAGAUUAAAAACAAAGCGACAAGAAAAGGGAGCGUUUUUUCGGGCACAGCAAUGGAAACGAUUUGACCCGGCGAGGGAAGGAGCUCGGUGGUGGUGGCGCACCAUUGUGUUGUUCCAGAUUCGAAUACCAAUAGCCAGCUAGGGUUUCCAGCAAUGCCGCCGGAUUCCCCCGAGCAAGACCUCGACAAUUCUGAUACCGAGUUCGUCGAGAUUGAUCCUACCGGUCGAUAUGGUCGGUACAAGGAAGUUUUAGGAAAGGGGGCUUUCAAGAAAGUAUAUCGAGCGUUUGAUGAGUUGGAAGGUAUUGAAGUGGCUUGGAAUCAGGUUAAGGUGGCUGAUCUAUUGCGCAAUUCUGAAGAUUUGGAGCGGCUUUAUUCGGAAGUUCAUUUGCUCAAGACUUUGAAACAUAAGAAUAUAAUUAAAUUUUACAAUUCAUGGGUUGACACCAAGAAUGAGAACAUCAACUUCAUUACUGAGAUUUUCACCUCGGGAACAUUACGCCAAUACCGGAAGAAACAUAAGCAUGUUGAUUUGAGAGCUUUGAAGAAAUGGUCUAGGCAGAUUUUGGAGGGCCUUUUGUAUCUUCACAGUCAUAAUCCACCAGUUAUUCAUCGAGACCUUAAGUGUGACAACAUUUUUGUCAAUGGGAAUCAAGGGGAGGUGAAAAUUGGUGAUUUAGGAUUGGCAGCCAUCCUUCAACAGGCCAAUUCAGCACACAGUGUCAUUGGUACCCCAGAGUUCAUGGCCCCAGAACUUUAUGAAGAGGAAUACAAUGAGCUUGUUGACAUCUAUGCUUUUGGCAUGUGCUUGCUAGAGUUGGUAACUGUUGAGUACCCAUAUGUUGAAUGUGCCAAUGCUGCUCAAAUAUACAAGAAAGUGACAUCUGGAAUAAAGCCAGCAUCAUUGGCAAAAGUGGCAGAUCUUGAAGUCAGAGCAUUUAUAGAAAAGUGUAUUGCUAAUGUGUCUGAACGGUUGCCUGCAAAGGAUCUCUUGAUGGAUCCCUUCCUUCAGUCAGACUAUGAUAGUGAAAGCGUAGGUCGAUCUUCCAGGUCUGAAAUCCAUCAUUCAGGAAAUAGUUGUGAUAAUAAAGCCGUUGGAAAAAGAGCUGAGGAUAAUAUUGUUGAGACAAGUAGGGAAUUCACAGUGGAAGGUCAAAGGAGAGAUAUUAAUACAAUAUUUUUAAAAUUGCGAAUUGCAGACUCCUCAGGUCAAAUUCGCAAUAUCCACUUUCCUUUUGAUGUUGGAGCAGACACUUCAAUCUCUGUUGCUAGUGAAAUGGUUGAGGAGUUGGAACUUACUGAUCAAGAUGUUACGACUAUUGCUGAGAUGAUUGAUUCAGAAAUUCGAUAUCACAUUCCUGACUGGAAUCCCGGUGAAACUCCUGUAGAUAGUGUUUGUCGAGAUUCAGCAGUUACAGGUGGCUGUACCCCUGAAACUAGGCUUGAGGCUUCUCCUGUGGGACAUGAUUCUACCACUUCUGCUGGCAAUCUUGCAUUAGAAAUAUUACCUUCAGGUCGUAAGUACUGGUCAGACUCACCGAAGGCAGUUGGUGGAAACUCUCCAUCUCGGCUUGGUCCUUCAGACUUGUCUUAUGAAGCGGAUGUGAAUGCUAAGGAAGGAAGCUUGGCUGCAAAUGGUAUUAUUUCAGUUGAGCUGGUGCCUGAUGACCGGAUCUGUGUUGGUGAUUGUAGUGCAGAGAAGGAAUUUGAUGGGACUGCUAAUUCCCCUUACAGUCACAGAAGUAUCACAUCUGGGUAUUUAGAAGCAACCAGUGAAAAAUCUUCUGUGGAAGAAAUAUCUGGAAGUUUGAAAGAGUCUGAAACAGAAUACGUCAAUAACAUGGUAAUAAAACUGAAGGAUUUGUUUGUUAAGCAAAGACAGGAAUUAGACGAACUAAAGAGGAAGCACAAAUUAGCUGUCUCAGAUCUUCUCAAGGAACUUUCUCCAGAAAUGUGCCAGAAGGUCGUAAAUAUAUGCAACCUGCAGAUGCCUGAGUAUGAAAUGUAGGGUGAGGCUUGUCCUUUCCUCAUCUAAAUGCCCUUUUGUGAGGUUUAUGUAGUUCAGGGAACUUCCUCAUUUAGAAAGCUCCAUUUAGAAGUAUUGAAAUUCUAAAGUUGAUAUCUCUCUGUGUUAAUAUUGGUGUUUAAGAGGGGGUAAUUUUCUAGUAGCACAAGUGUUCUCGGUACGAUGUCAAGGAAAUGCUGCAGAGUCACAACUUGGAGUCAUCUUUGUAGAAGAGGUUUAGUUGAGGGAAGGCUUAACGUUCUCUUCAGCUUGGAGGACUCGAUGCUAUUGCUGCAUUUACCCAAGAAGCAUGAUGAUCGGUCAUAAGACUGCAUCGUAUCUAUUUAUUUUCUGUAUAUAGUCUGAUACAAGUCAUUAAACUAAAGAAAGUGUAUAA